AUGACUUCUCAAACAACAGUAACAACUGACGACUUUGGUGUAACUAGAGACGGACGCAAAGUUACUAGGUACACCCUAACAAAUGGCAAUGGCCUCAUCGUUAAGAUCAUUAACUUUGGAGGUGUCAUCACAGAAAUACAUGUCCCCGACAGAGAAGGGAAGCUAGAUGAUAUCAGUUUGGGAUUUGACACCUUGGCAGCGUAUGAAGACAAUAACCCUCGCUUCGGAGCCUUGAUUGGUCGGGUUGCUAAUCGAAUUGCUGGAGCACAGUUCACAUUGGAUGGCCACACAUAUAACCUGUUUGCUAACGAUGGACCAAGCUGUAUGCACGGAGGAAGAGUUGGCUUUGACAGGAAACUCUGGGAAUCAGAGGUGAAGGACGACAAACUGGUCUUGACAUAUGUGAGCCCUGAUGGAGAAGAAAACUUCCCAGGUGAGCUGACCCUCACUGUGGUGUACUCGCUGGACGACACUGAUUCCUUGACCCUUGAUUACACGGCAACAACCACCAAGAAAACCCCGAUCAACUUUACCAACCACUCAUACUUCAACCUGGCUGGCCAGUCUUCAGGCCCAAUUAAUGAUCACGUGGUCACUAUAAAUGCUGACAGUUUUCUGCCACUGGAUCAGUAUUCCAUUCCCACAGGUGAAAUCAAGGCGGUGACGGGAACUGAGCGGGAUCUGCGGACACCAGUUCGUCUUGGUGAUCGCCUGACCCAGGUGCCCGGUGGCAUUGGUUUUGAUAACAAUUUCUGUCUGGACAACAAUGGGAAGUUUGUCCUGGCAGCUAGAGUGGAUCACCCACCCACAGGACGAUACUUGGAGGUGAGAACAACUGAACCAGGUAUCCAGUUCUACACUGCUUACUACCUGACUGGUGUGAAUGGCAAAAGAGGAGCCUCCUAUCAGAAAUUUGGGGCUUUUUGCCUGGAAGCUCAGCACUACCCUGACAGUGUACAUCAUCCCAGCUUUCCCAAUUCCAUUCUAAGCCCAGGCGAGACUUACACUCAGAAAACUGUCUACAAGUUCGGAGCCGCUUAA